GUUAUUUUAUAUUCUUCAGUCAAUAUGGAACAUCGUCAUAGAGCUGGUAAUUCCCAUCAGUCUAACAAGCCCUUCAAAAGUCGUCAUGCUUCCAAAGGUGCUUUGAGAGAAGUUUCCAAAGGUAAAAUCAACCGUACUUCUGUCAAACAGGCCAACGCUCUCAAGCCUGUGUCCAAGACCGAUCGUCGUCAUGCCGCCAAGAUUUUACAACAAAAGAAGCGUGAAGACAUCACUCGUAUCAGUAGAUUAUUUGAAGGACGUCAAGGUGCACCCAAGAUCGUGCCUGUUUUACCUUUAUGUCCUGACAGCCAAGUGGGUGCUGCCAUCGAAGCUCUUUAUGCUUCUUUGAGUGAAGCCAUGCCUCCUCAUGCUACAGAAGAAUCAACUAUUUUAAACGUAGAACGCUUCAAGCAAAAGGUUCAAUUGGUUCCUCUCAAGCGUAACUUCAUUGACUGUCUCGAUGCCUUUAAGGUUGCCGAUUUUGGUAUUUUAUUGAUGUCUGCCGAUGUCGAAGUCGAUCAAUUUGGCAUCAACUGUCUCUUGGGUGUCUUAAACCAAGGUCUUGUCAAUGUCGUACCUGUCAUUCAAAACAUCGAAAACACACCUGUCAAACUUCGCACCAGUUUGAGAAAAUCUCUAUUGUCUUUUGUCCAACAAUUCGUGCCUGAACAGGAGCACUUGUUUACUUUAGAUAAUGAUAAUGACUGUAUCAGUGUCUUGCGUUAUAUUACCUCUCAACGUCCUAAGCCUAUGUCUUGGAGAGAUAAUCAUCCUUAUAUGCUUGCUGAAAAUGUUGAAUUUGAUGCUACUUCUGCCGAACUUGGAACACUCAAAGUCACCGGGUUUGCUCGUGGUAACCCUUUCAACGCUAACCGUCUUGUACAUCUCCAAAACUUUGGUGAUUUCCAAGUCGAGAAGAUCACCAGCGCUGAUAUAUCUCAUGGUGAUAUGGACGAGGAUGCCAAUGUCAUUGAUACCCCCAAGCCUGAAGAACAGGAUGAUUUAAUCUCUGAAAAUGUACCUGAUUUGAUGGAAAAUGAGCAAACCUGGCCCACUGAGGAAGAAUUAGCUCAAGCCGAUGCUCGUGUGCGUCGUAUGCGUAACUUGGAUGGUGAUGAUCAAAUUAAGAAACGUGUCCCCAAGGGUACCUCAUCUUAUCAAGCUGCUUGGAUUGUCGAUGAAGAAGAUGCUGAUUAUAGUGAAGAAGAAGAAGAGGAGGAGGAUAAGAUGAUGGACGAUGAGGAUGAUGAUGAUGUCGUCAAGCCUGCUUAUCCUGAAGAAGAUGAGGAUGAUUAUGAGGAAAUUGAGAUGGAGGGUAAAGAUGGCUACAAGGAUGAAUUCGAUGCCGAGGAAGAAGCUAGACAGUAUGAAGAAUACCUCAAAAACCGACAGAGCGAAUUCGAAAACCAUAACGAUUUCCCCGACGAGAUUGAUACACCUAUGCAUAUUACCGCAAGAGAACGUUUUGCUCGCUAUCGUGGUCUUCAAUCCUUCAGAACUUCUCCUUGGGAUCCUUAUGAGAACCUUCCUAUCGAUUACGGAAGAAUCUUCCGUUUCGAGAACUUUGGUCGUACCAAGAUGCGUGUUAUCAACCAAGCUAUUGUAGGUGCCGUGAAACCCGGUAGAAGAAUCACUAUUCACAUUAGCAAUGUUCCUAUCCAAGCUUUCCAGGCUUACGAUAAAACUAGACCUUUCAUUGUUUUUGGUCUCUUGCAAUAUGAACACAAGAUGUCCCUCAUCAACUUGCAAGUGCAACGUGAUAACGCAUAUGAAGGAACUGUCCGAUCAAAGGAUCCUUUGGUUAUGCAUAUGGGUUUCAGAAGAUAUAACGUUCGUCCCAUUUAUUCUCAAAACACAAAUAAGGGUACCAACCAUGUUCACAAAUUCGAACGUUUCCAAAAGUUGGGUCGCUCCUAUGUUGCAACAGUUUAUGGUCCUGUUGUCUUUGGAAAAAUGCCCGUUAUGUUCUAUAAAGAAACUGACAAUGUGAAUGAACCUAUUUUGGUAUCUUCAGGUACAUUCAUGGAUGUCGAUGUUAAGCGUAUUAUCGCUAAGCGUAUUAUUUUGAGUGGUCAUCCCUUCAAAUGUCAUAAGAGAUCAGCUGUUAUCCGAUUCAUGUUCUUCAACGUUGAAGAUAUUUACUGGUUUAAACCCGUUCAACUUACAUCAAAAUAUGGUCGUGUCGGUCAUAUUAGUGAAUCGCUGGGUACUCAUGGUUACAUGAAAUGUAUAUUCGAUGGAACAUUAACACAACAAGACACAAUCACCAUGUGUCUUUACAAGCGUAUUUUCCCCAAGUGGAAUACAGAAUUAUAUAGAGGUGGUUUAGACAAGUCCGUUGAAGAAUCUACAGUUGUUAAGAGCAUGGAUAUGGAUAUGGAAUAAAAAAACAAAAAUAUAGUAAUAUAAAAAUAUGUAUAAAUCAAUAAAAAACAAUUGUAUAAGAGAUAUUUGUAAUAUAAAUCAAAGCGCUUAUACUUAAAUGGAACGGG